GAGUGUGUGUUGCGCCUGUGUGUGUGUGUGUGUGUGUGUGUGUGUGUGUGUGUGCCUGGCGCCUGUCCAACGUAAUUUCCCAUAAACCACAUGCCUAAGUCGCUUAAAAGGCUGUGCCGAGGAGCUGGCCGGCGGAGCCGGCUGGGGAAAGUGAAAGUUUGCCUGGUGCUCUCGGCGCCGCCGCCGGCUCUCCGCACUCCCGGGACAGCGGCGCGGCCCUCGGCGGGGCGCGGACUCCGCGGCGGCCAGCGAGCCAGCGAGCGAUCGAGGGCGGCCAGCGCGCCGGGCCGGGACCCAGCUGCCCGUAUGACCGCGCGGGGCGCCGCCGGGCGCUGCCCUCCCACGACAUGGCUGGGCCCCCGGCUACUGCUGGUCUGUCUCCUGGUGAGCAGGGGUGUUACCGAGGAGGAGUCGAAGCACUGUAGCCACAUGAUCGGGGACGGACACCUGCAGCUCCUGCAGCAGAUGAUUGACAGUCAGAUGGAGACCUCGUGCAAAAUCCCCUUUCAGUUUGUGAAUGAGGACCAGUUGAAAGACCACGUGUGUUACAUUAAGAAAGCCUUUUUCUUGGCACAAGACAUCAUGGAGGACACCAUCAGCUUCAAGGACAACACCUCCAAUGCCAUCGCCCUGGUGAAGCUCCAGGAGCUCUCCGUGCGGCUGGAGGACUGCUUCCCCCAGGUCUACGAAGAGCAGCAGGACACGGCCUGUGUCCAAAAUUUCUCUGAGUCACCCCUCUGGGCACUGGAGAAGAUCAAGAACGUCUUUAAUGAAACAAAGAACCUCCUUAAAAUGAACCAGAGCAUCUUCAGCAAGAAUUGCAGCGACAGCUUUGCGAAGUGCUCCGUCCCAGAUGUGGUGACCACGCCUGAUUGCAACUGCCCGUACCCCAAAGCCACCCCUAGCAGUGACCUGACCUCUGCCUCCCCUCAGCCGCCCCUUGCCCCCUCCGUGGCCCCUCUGGCUGGCUUGCCCUGGGCUGACUCUGAGGGGACAGAGGACAGCUCCCUCUUGCGCAGUGAGCAGCCCCUUGGCACAGAGGACCUGGGCCUUGCCAAGCAGCGACCACCCAGGAGCACAUGCCAGACCUUUGAGUCACCAGAGACCCCAGGCGCCGAGGGAGGCCCCGUCGGAGGUCCGCCUGAGCCCCAGCCCUCGGUGGGAGCCCCCGCCUCUGGGAUGGAGGACGUUCUCGACUCUGUGUUGAGCGCUAACUGGGCCCUAGAAGAGGCCUCUGGAGAAGCUAGCGAGAGGCCUGCACCCCGAGGCCCAGAGCCCUCCCCCUCCAGGCUGGGAGGAGGCAGCAUGCAGGCGGCGGCCACCAGACACAGCAACCUCAUCUCAGCAUCUCCACUCCGCACAUCAGCCAAGGGCCAGCCGCCAGCGGAUGGAACCGGCACCCUCCGGCCCAGGGUGGGCUCUGGGAGACCCACCGGCCAGGCCCGGAGUCACACACCCGAGAAGACAGACCGUCCAUCUGUGCCGCCCAGAGAUGCCCAGGCGCCAGGCUCUGCCAGGCCCCUGUUCCUGCACCCGAGAGGCCUCAGCCGGCCCUCCACCCUCUCUGCUCAGGCCAGGCUUCCGGGCAGCCAUGCCUGGGACAGUGUCCUGCCCCUUGGGGGGCCGCAGGACAGGAGGAGCACCCGGGAGCGGAGGAGCACCGCAGGGCUGGAAGGAGGACCAAGUGAGGGGGUGGCCGCACCCCAUGCCCAUUUUAACCCCGUUCCUUUGACAGACAUAGGCGGGGUGCUGCCGCCCUCCACCCCCCAGACCGGCGAGAUUGUGCGCCCCGUGCUGGUGCCCAGCACCAUCCUAGUCCUGCUGGUCGUGGGCGGCCUGCUGCUCUACUGGUGGUGGCGGCGGCGGAGCCAUCGAGAGCUACAGAUCGUGGAUUCUCCCCUGGAGCAACCAGAGGGCAGCCCCCUGACCCAACAUGAGGACAGACAGGUGGAGAUGCCAGUGUAGCGGGAAGGCUAAGCUGGGCGCACAGGACAGUCUCUCCACGGCAGGAGAUGUUACGGGGCGUCCACCCGCCUCCUCCGCCAUCCUCCUGGGAAUGUGGCCUGCCCACCCUGAGAGCUGCUGCCGACCAGGACGAGGCCAGGGCAGCUGGGCUGGCCCCUCCACCCUCGACCCCCAGACUCUGGACUGACUCGGAGAGGGCCGGCGGGUGCCUCGUGCUGCUGAUAUUUAUCGUGGGCCCUGGAGGCUCCCAUCUGCUUGGGGGGGGGGCUGGCGAGCCCGGAGGAGUACUCUCUGCCUCUGGGGCUGUGCCCUCCUCCCGCCCCCUCCGGCCAACACCUGGGCAGGGACCCAGAGGCCGUGGCUGUGGACAGCAGGGUGGGCGCUGAGGAAUGGAAGAACCCUUGCGCCCAGGGAUGGGUCCCUGCCCCAACAAGCAGGCACAUGUCACGGAGAGAUGCCUGAGAUUGGCGGGGCGGGACAGCGUCAGCUGGUUUCCUGGAAAUGUGGGCGGCCCAGAAGACGGGAGGAGAAGGCUUGCCUGCCGCGCCGACAGCCCUCCACUGGCAAUGCUGGUGCCAGGCAGAGAGGGGAGGCCAGCCCUGCCCUCGGGACCUGCUGGGCUCUCGAUGCCAAGGUGAAGCCCAAGGCUGGCCGCUGCCCCACCGGCCCUCCAGAACCUGCCGGAGCUGCCCCGGGAAGCCGUCCAGGGGCGCCCCUCGCGAAGGAAGCCAUUGCACUGUGAAGACUGGACCUGCCUGCUGUACAGCUCCGAUGCACAUCUGUCCGCCCUCCGGCCUCCCCAGCUUCUGCACUGACCGCCCGAGCCAGCCUCGCCCGUCCCAUCCACGGAGGGAGCCCCUGAGCCCUGACCUUCCGCUGAUCUGGCCUCUGACUCCCUGGGUUGAUGGGGCGGGAGAACGCCUGGGCUGCACCAGAGCAGGUCUCUAGGCUGCUGUUGGCCCAGGUUUCUGCAUUUUGCACUUUGACGUUCCCAAGAGGGAAGUGACUAGUGGAAGGGAGAAGGGUGGGGAGGGCAGAGACCGACAUGGGGUGGGUCUUUGAAAUGAUGGGUAUGCCCCCGAUGUUGGGGGAGGCGUCCACGCCCUGACCCCUGCUGCAGCCACAGCUGCAAGGCCACUGCCCGUGGGCACCCGGGGCUGAGCGGGGGCUGUCCCUGUGAGGGGCCUGGUAGGCAGUGAUACCUCCAGUCUCACCCCACGCACCCACCCAGGACCACAGUCUCUGUGACCAGGCAAGCCAGGGUGGGGGAGGGACCGAGCAUCUAUUGCCAAGUCUGCCUUCAGGACCUCCGCUUCCUGGGCCAGCCCCCGGCUGCAGCUCCAGAGCUGGGCCGCAGGUGACAGGGCUGUCAGCUGCCCUUGGUCCCUCUGUGCAGCUGCGUCCCUUCUCUCCUGCUGUCCUGGGCCCUCCACGGAGAGACCACCCUGCUGGCUGCUGGGCCGGGCCCCCCACCUUCCCUUCCUGCUCUUGAAAGUGAAGGUCACUGGUCCCUGACAGCUGAGGGAGGAGCAGAGGACUCCCCGGAGGGACUCAGCCUCCUAGUCAUAGACUCUAUUUGAUGCCAGGAAGUAUGUAUUUAAAAGUGGAAGGAAAAAACAAA